UUGUGUACAUCUGGCAGCACUGUGUUUGUGCUCGAAAAAAAUCUCCCGCUCGAAUUUAAUUUUGUAAACAAACCGUAAACCAUAAAUAAAAUAACAUUUAAAAUGUUUGCGCCUGAAACGGAGGACAUGUUGCCGCGCUCAGCGCCCAGACCCAGUGCAUCGGCACCAUUGGGUCUUGCCGCCGAUCAAAUUGUCAGGCCAACAGUGCCUGAAGUUUCAAUAUUGUUUGGACAACCUCCAUCGCAACCGCAGCCGGAGCCGAUCCCGCAGCAACCAGCGCCAGAGUCCGACUCUCGGCCCAGCUUUGCUUCAUGGAAGAAGCAAAUGCUGCCCCGAGUGAACUUUUCCCCGAUUCUGGCAACAGAACUUGGCCCGCGGCCUGUGCCAGCCAGCGCCAAUUUUCCGAGCAGCCCCUCCGCUUCAUCCAAUGAUUAUUAUAUUACUCCUCGAGAGCGGGUUUACGCGAAUGAGGCACCAUCGAGUAAAUACCAGUCACCCAGACAUUCUGGUUCUGGUUACGCAGAGCCCGUGAGGCACUACCAUCAGUCGAUGCGCCCACCCGUCCAGGUAGCAACGGAUGUGCUGACGAUUUGUGCUGGAACGCAAACAGAAGCUGUACAUAUACCGCCCUCUAAAACGACUUUGCCGUCCGUUGUGUACUCCGACAUCGACAUAAGCAACUUGGUCAAUAAGAACGACUUGGCAGCAGUAGUUGAUCUUUUAGAGUCCAUGCAUCAGGAGCAGCAACAGCUGAGGAGCCUCUGCGAGGCGUUAUUGAAGAACCAACAAGCAAAGGUAGGGUCCAGCGCAAUGCCUUGUAGGACAGUUGCCUCCCAGUGUGAUAUUUUAGCGACCAACAACACAAAGCGGGUAGCACCUGUUAUUCAUGAUUACAUAGUGGAAGAGGAUGAGCCAUCGCCUGCACCACGUUCGCGAGGCCUCGUACAAUUCCAGUCGCCUCGGGACACACCACCAAGAGCCCAGUCGACUGAAUACCGCGCCAACACACCCAAGACUACCCGAAUGCCAAGUGCCGGUGUCGUGUCCAAGCCGAAUACGGAGAAGAGCAUGGUCAUGAAGGAGCUCGCCCUAAAAUACUUGCGACAGCCUGUGGACGAUCUGAUGCAAGAAAUGAGCUUGUCCCCGUCGCCUGCGGAUGUUACUUGCAUUCAAAAAUCCCCGCAAGCGGAACCGCUUCGGCAGAUAGACAAUAUAAAUGUAGUCCACUCGCAGAGUCCCAACGACAUGUCGAAUGCAUCUUACAAGUAUCUUAAAAAAUAUCGCCUAUUACCGGAAGAGCAAUUGGACUAUGGAGCUCAUGAACAAGAACGCAACCCACCGCCCUUCAAGGGUGGGCGUGCGGCUUCCGCUUCGCCCCAGAUGCAGCUUGAUCUGGAUAACAUUAGGAAUCAGCCAAAGCUGCUGUAGGCCGAAGAUCAAUGCAAUUGUCAUUUGUAACGCAAUUCUGUUUUGUUAUGCAUGCACAUGUCCAUUCUUCGUCUUGUGCGGAAAUAUAAUUCAUUACACGUUUGA